AUGGACUUGGUGCUUGAUUUGGAAAGGGAUAAACCGUUCACCGGCCAGUGCACCCAUACAUGCAAUAAAACAAUAAUUGAUAAAACAGGCUAUAGGUGGUAUAAUACCCAUUGGACGAACCCAAAGAUAGAGAUAGAUAGAGAGAAAGAUAUGAGUAAUUAUCUCUCAGAGGGACCUUUCGUUGUGUACACAAAGUCCAAUUCCCAUGUAUUCCAGACAUACGCCGGCGGUAUACUAGACAGCCGUGAGUGCAAUACUACCGGCCCUUUGGAUCACAGCCUACUUCUGGUGGGAGAGGGUGUCGACAAUGGGACCGACUAUUGGAUCGCCAGAAAUAAUUACGGUGAGGGUUGGGGUGAAAAGGGUUACAUACGUCUGGGUAAAGGUCAAAAUGUGUGCGGGAUCGGUUUGGGAUUUAUACGU